UUAACUGACGAGAGAUUUCACAAUUUUAAAGGCUUAAGAAAAGACAAUUCUGCGAUUAGUUUUUUCCUUCUUAGUUCCGUGAAUGACUUUAACGAAAUGAAGAAAUACACGAUAUUGUUAAAUCGAUCAAAGGUUAUUAAUUUUGUCGUCUUCAUGAAAGAUGAUGACAGUGAUAAAAUUUAUUCGGAUAUUUGCCAAAAUCCAAAAGACAAUGCAUUCGAUUUAAAUGAAGGUGUUUCUAUUCUUGUCAAGUGUUUGACAAACGUUACGAUUCAAGAAUGGCACUCAAUUAAUAGUAGUUCAAUAAACAUUAUUUCUAGAGCCACAUGGGAGGCGAAGAAAAAACCGAGAUUUACUCUAGAAUCGAGGACAUUGUCUGUUGGUAAUCGAGAAGCAAUUGAGGGAAAAGUUUUACGUGCUGUAAUAAUAAAGGAAUCGAGAGCUAUUGGAGAAUAUUUUCCAAAAUUGAUAGAAGCACUUGAAGAAGCGGGGAAUUUCAGUUUUACAUUUGUAGAAAAUGACGAGCGAGGAAUUUAUGAUGAAGAUAAAAAAACUUGGAGUGGUGCAAUGGGUCUAGUUGUUAAUAAACAAGUUGAUAUUGCUCUGGGUUGGUUCACUUAUUUACCGAAUGGUUUUUCUGUUGUCGAUUACACUGUAACCAUUGAUAGAGCUGAAUUCGUAAUUCUGAUAAAGGAACCCAAAACUAAAACAGUUAUUUCAUGGACCGCAUUCUUUCAGCCUUUCACACUUGAAACUUGGUUGGCAUUACUAUUCUUGUUCAUAAUAAUUCAAGUGAUUCGUGUAUUUCUAAAAAGUAAGACACGUUCUUCUUCUCAAGAGCAGACAUUCGGUGCUGAUGAUUUCUUCCAUAUUUGCGGAAUAUUCCUUCACAAACAUCAACCAAAUAUUUCAGAAGACAUAUCAAUAAGAAUAUUUUACAUCUUUAUUAUCAUUUUUUCAUUUUACAUUUGGGCCAUCUAUUCUGCUGCUUUUGUCAGCAAGUUAUCGAUAAUUGAUAUCAAUGUGCCAUUCAAGUCAUUAGAGGAAUUUACUCGAGUAAAAUCUCACAAAAUGAUCGUUUUUCAAGAUACCUCAAACUACUAUAAAUUAAAAAAUGCAAAACAACCACUUUUAAAAAAGGCAAACGAAUUACUGGUGAGUGAUGAUCAAUUACCAAAGACAAACGAAGCUGCUAUAGAAAUGAUUUGCAACAGAGGAAUGGCUCUUUUUACAGACGAUAUGUUUCUAGCAAUCGCUUAUAAUAACAGCAUUCCCAACAUCUGUCGAAUGGUGACAAUCAGAACUAAUGAAUUCGAUUCAUUUGCAUUAAUAUUGAAGAAAAAUAGUCCGUAUACUUUGAGCAUAAAUCAUUAUUUACGGAGAUUUUUAAAUAAUGGCAUAAUGUCACGCUUGAAGUGUAUACUUGCCGAAAGUACACCAAUUGAUUUGAAGAGUAAACCAGAGAAUACCUACCAACCUGUUAAUUUUAUGGAUAUAGUAAUGCCUCUAACAAUUUUGUUUGGAAGCGCUCUCACGGCAAUUUUAAUUUUUCUUCUUGAAAAUUUCUACUUGUUGUUCCGAAGAAAACAAGAAAUAAAAAAUGCAGCUAUUUUUCAAUUAAGGUUUAAUCUUAAUAAAAAUGUUAAACGCCCUUCGAAAAAGUAAACAAUUGUCCGUAAAAGUUCAAGUCAUGUCUGUUGUUUUAUAGGAACCAAUGACACUAGGCUCCACUCAAUCAUUUUCUAUUGCGACAUAACUUGAAUAAAAUAUGUAAUAAGAAUAAACAGUAGAACUAAUUUUCCUAA